AUGGACGGAGAUGUACCUUUUGACAGCAAGGUACUCACAUACUGUGAGAGGGUGUCCAAGAGACGCAGAGUUCUCAACAAUCUCAAGCAGACCGACAUGUAUCACCUCGCCAAAGCGAAUGUGGCCAAAAUAGCUGCCAAAGAGAAUGAUGGCAACAUGAACUCGAACAAUAUGAACUCGAACAACAAGAAGUCUGGACCUGGUCUCCCCAGUCCUCCGAUGACACCACGAGAUAUUGAGGACAUGUCAAAGAGAGAUUGGGAGAAACAGUUUUUUGUCUUCAAGACCAGACUACGUGAGUAUGCCCAGUGCAUGCAGGACUGA